GUGUGGCGCCCCUGAACACACCAGCAGCAGGCGCAGUGAUCGUGAGCGGCGCCCCAAGCGUACAAGCUGUGUCGACCGCGAUGUCCUCGUGGAGAAGUAGACUGUCCAGGUCAAGUUGUACAGUGGAUGAUUUGAUUGAGAUAAUCAAAGCGCCCUCUGGCGGCGCGUACGCCUUCCCGACUGAGCCUUACAACGAAGUUUACCCAGGCAUCUUCAUCGGCGAUGCACACACAGCGCUUUGUACAGGAGUGCUGCGCUCGCUGGGAAUCCGCCACGUGGUGAACGCUGCGCAUAGUCGCAACAAGCGAGAAGGCCUCGAGGUGAUCGAAGAGUUCGAUCCCUUCGUCCGCACCACGGAGGCGUAUUAUGAACGCGCUGGGAUUCGGUUCUAUCCCGUUCCGGCCAUCGAUCUCACUCACUUCCGCCUGGCACCGUUCUUCCGGGACGCGGCCGAUUUUAUUGACGAGGCCCUGGCUUCCGGUGACCCCAAGGCAUUGAGAGCAACUGGAGUGACGGCAGUCGUGAACGCAGCGGAAGGCGCAGAUUGGUGUCGCUACGUGGACACAGGCCCAUCCUUCUAUUCAGCCGUGAAACUCCCCGUCAGCUACUACGGAAUUAAAGCCUUAGAUUGCAGCACGUUCCAAUUGUACACAUACUUCGACAGCGUUUCCUCGUUCAUCAACGACAAUUUGCAAGCAGGAGGUACCCGUGAAACGUCGGCCGUAUAA